AUGGCAGAUGUGCGCUCGCUCUUGCGUAAUGAGCGUGUCUCGCGCCGCAUCAACCACCCUCAUGCAAACUACUCGGAUUCUGGCAAACUGCUAUGCGCCGUCUGCAACAUUCAGAUCAAGACCGAGUCGCUUUGGGAUAAUCACAUCAAGUCAGCUCAACAUGCCGCUCGACUAGACCAUCUGCGCGCGAACCCUCCGCCAACACCAGCACCAGCGUCAAACCGGAAGCGCAAAGCAGGAGAAAACGAGGACGAAGGCAGAAAGAGAGUCAAAGCUGUACCAGGAGGUUUCGUACCCGAGGGCUUCUUUGACUCUGCCGAAGAAGGCGUGAAUGAGGAUGAAGGCGAAGACGAAGAUGUGGACACAGCACCUGCUCCGUCAAUACCAGACGCUCCGGUUGUCGAGUCACAACCCGGCGCUCCUGCACCACCCCCUGCACAAGACGUGAAUGAGGAUGAAUGGGCCGCCUUCGAGCGAGAGAUGGCCGCAACCCAAAACACUGCCCUCCCCAUCAUCAGCGCAUCUGCCACCAUCUCCGCCGCCCCUGUCACAGCCGAGGAGCUGGCUACCAAAGCUCGCGAAGAACAAAGCGCACAACGAACCGCAAGAGAAGCCGAGAUAGAAGCUGAUACCGAAGAUGCCGCACUCGCACUACAACAAGAGUUUGACGAAAUGGACGAAUUGGACGAAAGAGUGAGACGUUUGCGAGAGAAGAGGGAAGCUCUGCGUCUUUCCAAGCAACAAGACACAUUACCAGACGCCCCUACCCCUACAUCAGAUGCUUUGCAGGAGGACACAAGAAUCCAAAGACCUCAAGAAGAGGAGGAGGAUGAUGAUGAUGACGACGAGGACGAAUUUGACGACUGGACCUUUGGCGCUAGGUAG